CGAGGUCCACGCUCAAAUCCACUCUAAUCCUUUCAGCUGCUCAUCCUCCACAAGGACACUACCUUGUUGCACAAACUGCGCAAUACUGCUGCUUCAAGAAGGCUCAAAAUUAUUUUUUUCUGGAUUAUAAAAUAAGUGACUUUUCUUUGGGGACACUUCUCAGAAUGUACCUUUCUUUUUAUGCCUAACAGUCCGCGUGAUUGCCAAGGACAAGUACAAACUGUCAAAUGCAGAGUGAUACUGGGCUUAGUGACAAGUGCAGCUGUCGGGUAAGGCUCUGAGACCUUCUCAUUUCAGAUGGAGCUCCUCAUCAAUUUGUCCCUGUUGGAUUCUUUAUUUUCUGUUUGAAAAACUAUAAAUAGAGGCUGCUUUUGAAAUGGGCUGUUCCCCGUCUAGGGGAACUACCUAUAGUGGAGCGUAUGGACCAUUCAGGAAAGGAAAAACAUUGCUGCCUGGAACCAAAGAAAGCCCAGGAGACUCGCAAUCUGAUGACGGUGGAAGUGGAAGCUCUAUUGGUGGUGAGACAGAUGACGGUGCCCGUGAAAGGACAGGAGAACAAAAGAAACUAAACAAUUAUGGAGAUACAAAUACACCUUCUUCAGCAAAGAAACUUUCCACUGCUGAACCUGGGGUGGCAACAGUUGCCUCAGAGAAAUUGGGCACCCAAGAGAUUACAAUUAGUUUAUUAUCCCAGACCAAAGAGAAACAAGAUGAAAAGAAGGAUGAGAAGAAGGGCACAAAGAAGCCGAAGAAGAGUCUGAAAGGUGUAAAACCAAACAAGAAGAAGGAGAAGGACAAAAAAGCUGCUGUCGAGGAAAAGGUGGACUUUCCAGAGCCUCUUGUGAAAGCCCAUCAAGCAGCUUAUGGAUAUCUCAAUCCUAGUAUUGCCAAAUAUGAAAUUCUGUUGAGUUUACUAGAUCAUGCAGCUCAGACCCAAAUUUCUUUACAACCCAUGGUUUCGUUCAUGGCACUGCGCUAUGAAGAGAUCAACCGAGGGCUGGAGGAAAUGGUUGAAGAGGGGGAAAAGCUUUUAAAGGAGAAUGGGGAACAUUUGGCUUGGCCUUGCAAGAUGAAAAAUCUGUCUUCAUCCAGCUCCUCCACUGAACCCCCACCAGACCUGCUGCAACAAUUACUUCAGUACACUGUUCAGAGGAUGCGUGUUGUUGGGCAGUCGGUAAGUGGAAUCAGCGACACAGCCCUUGAAGAGGCGGUAGAUUAUUUUUCGUCUAUAUGUGAAGUUCUGGAAAAAAAACUGAGGGCUAAACGUGCGUGUGAGGCUAAGCUAAUGCAGUUGCUAACUAAGAUUGAGGUUGCAUCCUUACGAAGACCAGGACCAGAGGACUCAGCCUUGUUUAGUGAAGACAGUGGCAUUGGGGUGGAGAAUGAGUCACUAGCAGGAUCAGAGAGACAACGCCGCCGAAGGGAAAGCUGCGAGUCAACUGGGUCUAAUUGCACAAUUCUGUGCAGUCCUGGAAGCACAACACCAGUCCGUCUGAGUUCCUCAAAGCGACUGCUUACCAAAAAAAUGAGCAAAAGCAGCUCUAUCAAUUCAAUUGAUUCAACAUGUACCCUUACAGGCAAAGAAUCCAGAGACACCGAAUCAUUGCUUGGCUCUACCUCCUUGGACGAUGGUGAGGGAGAUGAAGAAGAGGGUACUGAAGAGGCCAGUGAGGGAGAACACUGUGAGGGUAAAACCAGAAAGCGAUCAAGUUCUUCUCCUGCAGACCCUGCACAACAACCACGGCGCCUUCCUGCAAAGCGAAUAGAGAAUCCACAAAAUGUGGAAAUGACCUUAAAGAUGAAAGAUGCAAUCAGUGGCCGCAUUCACUUUCUUCCCUCUCAGCGCUCUGGAAUAAAGACUGGAAAGACUGGGAGCCCAAAGGUUGGUGACCGGCAGUGGACAGAAGAUAGAGAAAAAAGCCCCAAGAGGCCACAAACGGCUUCUUCUCAAGCACCUAAGAAGAAAGCCACAGCCGCUAAACAAUGCCGUUCAAGAUCAGCAGAAUCCCUUCGCAACAAAGCUGAAGACCCUACGCUUUUUGAACUGGAAAGGACACAAAAAGAAUUAAGCCAGAGGUUGGAGCAAAUGCGAAAGGUCAGGUUUGAAGGAAACAUAAAGAAAGACUUUCCUAAGCAGCUGUUAGAACAGCAGACACACCCUGGGUCACCAAAACUAACAGGGAAAUUGCAACCUUUGAAUAAAAACCCUGACUCUCCAUCCAUUCAGAGAAAGACAGUUGGUUUAAAACAAGUCACAGCAAAGCAAGAGGCUGUGAAAGAAAAGGAUGAAAAGGAUGAAAAGAAGAAAAAGUCUAAAACUGUUAAGGGGCCCUUGAAGCCAACACCUCCUCCAAGUCCACCAAUAUCACCACAACCAGUGGGAAUGGGAGGGAACUCUGUCAAAAAACUGAUUGAUACCUUUAGUCAGGGAAUGGAGGACAGUAAACAUAUCCAUGACAGCACAAAGGUACUUGGACCACUUAAAGGGGUCAGAAAGUGUGGCGUUCCCAUCAUUCCAGGUUUAGGCAGUACAUACUAUGAAAACGAUGAUGAUGAUGAUGUAAACCGAGAGGAAUCAGGAACCUCUGCGAGGACAGAUGAUCUUGAUUUGGACAACCUACCCCCACCCCCUCCAGAGGUCCUCAUGGAUAACUCUUUUGAAAAUUUUGAAGCUACCAAAACAGAGGAAAGUGUAUCCAGAAGAGGUCGAUCAACCAUCCCAAAGAAGACAAGCAUUUCUCAACGGCUUCGUGCCUCAAUGCAAUCUGUUGCAGUACUUCCUAGCAAAGGCAAUGUAAGGAAAAGCUCUCAUAGCAUGUCACCAGCACGUACUGUUCCACAGGAACUCAGAGCAGUGGUUAAAAAUACUCAAUUCGAUUCCAAAGCUGAAGCUGAGCUGGAGAAUGAGGAGGCUGCCUCGCUUUACAAACAGGCACGGAAAAUAAUCCAUUUGCGGAACGCCACUGAUUCUCCAAUAGAGAAGCUUGCAAUCGAAAGUGACAGCAUCAAAACUUGUCUUACUCAACAGAAUAUGGAAAAGAAACAGGAAGAAAACAGCACCCCUGAAACAGUGCCUUCCACUUCAGUAGGUCCAGUAGGUCAAGGAGGUCCAGUAGGACCUGGAGGUCAACCACCUGCCACUCCACCUGUGUCCAAAACCCGCAUGUUACCUUCCACACCUGUUUUACAUAGACGGCUUCCCAGUCCCCCUGUCUUUAAAAAGCAGUCAGUUCACCCAACCCCAAGUCCACCAGUCUUUCGCAAACUUCCAACUCCCCCACCAGCCGGCCAACGGACACUUUCCACCACCCCUAACAUGCGGCAAGAAACCACCCCAAGUUCUGCAAGUUCUACGUCUAUAGUCACCUACCCUUUCAAAGCACCAUCUCCUCCUGCCUCGCCAAAAGUGCAGCGCUGGUCUCGAGAAAACAGUAAAGAGGACUCUACUUCCAGAGUAUUUAGCAAUGCUCGUUCAGUAUUUUGUCCAGCCUCACCAUCUUUGUUUGAAGCACAACCCUUCCCUGUGCCUAAGCCCCCGCAGGCAUGGACUUCCACUGGCAGCAGCAUCCUGCCUCGGCCUUGGGGUGAGCGCGGCAGGCUGCCUAUGUCCAUUCGAGGACCCCAGCCUUUCAUUCGGCGUAGCCAGUCUGACAGGAGGCCUAGUCUAAGCUUUCCACCAAGAGCACCAGUCAUAUCUGUUGCACAGACUUGUGGAAGUGAGCCAGCCAUUAGCACCCAAGGGUUGGAGGACGGUCCAAUGGGAGAGCUGGAGCCGUGGAGCGAGCAGACUGAGCUCAGAGGAGCGAGCCGCUCUGCCUCGCACCCAGACCUGUGCAUCGUGGGUCAGGCCUUACAGCGCGAGUGACAGACCUGCAGAAGAGCAGGCAGGAUUAUGGAUUAGCUGGCCUAGGUGGGAUUAAGGCCAUUUUUUUCCACUGGGAAGGGGAGAUUGACUAACACUGGGAAAGCCUCUUUACUGGUACUGCUACUUCUUCCCACCUCCUGUUGUCAUUGGAGUUUUUUUUAGCACUUUUUUUGCACUUUUUUUUUAAAGGUGGGGGUACACACAGAGGGUUAAGCACGUUUUUCUAAUUAUUUAAAUGACUUUUUACUAAUUCCAAUGUAUGCGCAUGUAUUUUUAUUUUUGUUUUGUAAAUAAAUAAAUAAAAUGUAUAUCAUCA